AUGUACAUUGGAGUGCUAUCAAAGAAAAUCGACACCAAAUUUGACUUGAAAAAUGAUUCCAAAUUUGGCGGUGCCCCCGUGUGGUUAUAUGGAAAGGAACCAACGAACUUCAAUUUAAAGUGUCCAACGUGCAAAAAAGAUUUAACGUUUUUAUUACAAUUAUCAACGUCGUAUAAUGAGUACGUAAGAAUUCUUUACUUGUUUUGCUGCCUGAACAGUGAGAAGUGCAACGUGAACAGGAACAGUUGGAUAUGCAUUAAGGGAAAAAAAAAGCUUUUUCAAAAUGUGGGUGGUGAAAAAGUGGGCCCAGAGAUAGGCAUAAACAACUACUGUGCCAAAGAUGAAAUAUGUUACAAUGGAAGAGCAAAUUCAAAUGAUCCAGAAAGAGGAGUUUUCUCCAAUUGUAGCAUAACAAAUAGGAGACAACCCGUUUUUGAUUUUUCAAGCGAAAAUAUAAAAAGAGAAGACUCUCUCACAGAAAAUGUAGGUUUUUUGGAGGAAAAAUUAAUCGACUGGAAAUCCUUAUUUUCUAACAACGCUACGGAACAGAAAAGGAACAACUCAUUAUUUGGUAACGCCAUUAGUGCAACCUUUAGUGGUGUAAAUGGAAAACCAAGACAUAACCAUUCACCUGUCGUAGGUAAUAAUUCCCAAGCAAGGGAGCCUAACGGGGGAGGCGAACUUCUUGGACUGCAACAAACGACGGAGAAACGUGAAAAGUUCAUCGAAGAAAGCACAAAUUGUAAACUACCCACUUUUUACAUUUCCCUGAUUGAAGACGAUGCAGAUGAUUGUGCACAGGGAGACUACCUCUACGAAAAGGCGAAGAAAAUGCAUGAAACAUAUGAACAACGAAAUAAGGAAAACACGGAAGAGGACGCAGAUCUGGCCAUAAGAAAUGAUCACGAUCUGGACGACAUUGGCGAUAUCGAAUUUUUUGAAAAUGAUUUUAACGGAUGUGUCAAAUUUUAUUCCUACUUAAGUAAAAACUACAAUCAAAUAUUAAGGUAUUGUUACAAUGGGAAAUUUUUAUACAUGUACAAAUCUACGAAGAAAUACAUAAAAGAACGGACCAUGAUGUGUGCACACUGCGGGGGAAAGCUACUUUUUGAGAUGCAAUUCUUUUCCACUUUUGUCUAUCAAAUUGAGAAAAAACAUGAAGAAGAAAAGGAUAACCUUUCUGGCAAUUUGUUAAACAAUUUCAACGUGGGGAAUGUCAUCAUAUUUACGUGCGAACGGGAUUGCGUUACGGUGGACGAUAUGUAUUCAUAUGAGCACCUCGAGUUGGAAGUCUUUUAG